AUGACCGGAAAAAAAUACGCUCUACCACGAGGAUUAUAUCCGUCUGCAAGGCUGAACUUCCAGUUCUAUUUAUGGCAGGAAGCUCUUGGUUUCAUCGUUCAUCCUUCCGUUGAUCUAGCAAAACCAGACUUGAAAGUGGCUGAUGUGGCUACUGGCACGGGAAUCUGGCUCAACGAGCUAUCCAAGUAUGUACCUUCGUCGGCGCAGUUGGACGGGUUUGAUCUUUCUACAGACCAGUUUCCGCACAUCUCAUGCCUGCCGUCAAAUGUCCGUCUUCAGAUCUGGGAUGCAACCCAAGAACCGCCCGAGUCCAUGGUUGGUGUCUAUGAUGUUGUGCACAUUCGGCUCAUCGAGUUUGCUAUUGAGGAUAACGACCCAUCCAUUAUCCUCCGUAAUUGUCGAAAGCUGCUAAGUGAAAAGACUCCCAGAAGAUGUUAA